AUGUCACUGUCUGUUGAAAAAAAACUGUCUGCCGCGUCGUCGGUGACUCUGGUCGAUGAAUCCCCGUCCAAUGACAAAGGUGAGAUGUGCGGGUCCAAGUACGAAAUUGAUGAUUCAUGUCUGCGGGCGUACCUGGACCGUGUGAGGAGUACCACUGGUGUUGUUGCGUCGCCGCACCACGAGCCAGACCAUGCUGGUAUUUUCAGAGCUUUGGAGAAACGGAUCAUUUCCAUCAACGAGGAAACGUGCUCCCCUGGGGAGGAGAACUCCUUCUUCGUGUGUGACCUGAACGAGCUGGUCACUCUAUACAAAAACUGGCGCAAGGAGCUGCCCAGAGUGACGCCACAUUACGCGGUUAAGUGCAACCCAAACCCGAAGCUACUGUACUACCUUGCGCAAAUGGGCGUAAACUUCGAUUGUGCGUCGAAGAUGGAGAUUGCACAGAUCUUGGCACUUGGAAUCCAUCCAGAUAGGAUCGUGUACGCUAACCCGUGCAAAAUGUCCUCGUACAUCCGUUUCGCAGAGAAGCAGGGAGUUCUAUACACCACUUUCGACAACGUCGAAGAGUUACACAAGAUCAAGAAAUUCCACCCAAGUGCAAGACUGCUGCUGCGAAUCACGACGGAUGACUCGACAGCGCAGUGUCAACUUUCGACCAAAUACGGCGCCGCGUUGAGUUCCGUGCCCGAAUUGUUGCAGACGUGCCAGGACUUGCAACUAAACCUCGUUGGGGUCAGCUUCCACGUCGGAUCCGGCGCAAGCGACUUCAGCUCGCUCUACUACGCGAUACGUGACGCCAGGUGGGUGUUCGACUUGGCCGAGAGCUCGUUCACUUUGCCCGCACUGACGCUUCUGGACGUGGGUGGCGGCUUCCAGCUGCACUCUUUCAAAGAAUCGAGCCAGGUGCUGCGGGACGGCCUUGAGAAGUUCUUCCCGGAGGGAUGCGGGGUUCGCAUCAUCGCAGAACCCGGUAGAUACUUUGCCGAGUCCACGCUGACGCUUGCGACGCACGUCAUAGCAAAGCGUAAAGUGAACGACGACGAGGCGAUGCUGUACAUAAACGACGGUGUCUACGGGAACCUGAACUGCAUCCUAUUCGACCACCAAAACCCGACACCGCGUGUGCUCCACCACAGCGACAAGUUCCAUUACUUCGACUUCGACUCCUCGGCGCCACCACACGCCGUUUCCAAGAACCACCGGUACAAAGUGUCCAUAUGGGGGCCCACUUGCGAUGGGCUGGACUGCAUUACAAAGGAGUGCUACCUGAACAAAGACCUGGUCGUAGGAGACUGGUUUUACUUCCCACACCUCGGCGCGUACACCUCCUCCGCGGCGACACCGUUCAACGGCUUUGACCAGAUAGCAGACACAAUCUACAUCAAUGAAGAGGAGGCACAAGCCAACAUCGCGAGUCUCUGA